UCGAUUACGACUUACACCAGCUGUGUGUCCGUAUAGAACUGUCAGCCAUCGAUUACAAACGAUUUUUGCCGUUUUGGAAGAGCAACGUUUUGCGUUUUGUAAACCUGUGCCCGUUCUCUUCCGUGCCGUGCUCAUAUAAUAUCAUCAGCGAUACUGUUUCUCAGCUGCCUCGUACAAACCCAACCAGAGAUAGACAACAACAUUUGUCACAACAUGCCGCCUCAGACAAGCGGGGAAACUACCAGCGGGGAGAGUACCAAUAGUGAACCGUCAAAUCAGAAUGAAAUUCCAACAGUUACCGUAGCCAUGCCUUUUAUACAUGUCGGCAUACAUGGUCAUUCCAGUACUAAUACUGGUUUAUAUGCUACAACAACAAAUCAAAUGAUUGAAGGCGAAGAACUUCCACCACCAAAACCAGAUUUCACCGCGCCACCUCCUUAUGAAAUUGCUACCAAAUUGCCCAGUUAUGAAGAGGUGCAACGUGAAAAGACUCUGCAGGGCGAGCCCCAGCCUCAAGUACAUAUGUCAGGGAAUAUUAGAUCACCGCAACAACCUCUGACAAUAUUGGCUAUAGAUACAGAAGCCGCAGAAGGAGAUCCAGAGAGUGGUUUACUUGGAACAGAUUUUAUGUUCUUCACAGCAUUUCUUGUCGCAUUUUUGUUCAACUGGAUUGGAUUUCUUUUACUAAUGUGUUUCUGCCAUACUAUUGCCUCUCGAUAUGGUGCAUUAGCUGGUUUCGGAUUGUCUUUAACAAAGUGGACACUCAUCGUCAAGCAUUCCACCGAUCUUGCUUCGCGAGAGAACUCAUGGUUAUGGUGGUUGAUAAUGGCAUUUGGAGUUUUAAUCUGUGUACGUUCCAUUAUUCAAUAUCUGAAUAUCAAACGCGGUUGGCGACUAUUAUCCGGCAGCGCACAGGAGCGUUUACUGUUUUUCUAUUAAAAAAAUCGAUUCAAUCUGCACUUUCUAUUCAACUUGGCUUCAGAGCAAACAACAUUUCUAUAUGGAAUCGUAUAUUUGUAUAAUAUAUAACCGACAUCCUUGUGAGAAAGAGCGUCGUCAUGUAGAACAUAAUAUCUAUCAUUAAUUGUGUAUCUAUAUAGAAAAAAGAGAAAAAUUUUAGAAUUCAAUUUGCCAAAUUCACUAUAUAUAUAUUUAAAAAACAGAUAAUAUGCGAAUGACAAACAAAGAAGCUUGAGUUUUUGCACAUAUAUACUGAUUCACAAAAUAAACUGUUUUGUGAUGAUCUAUAAGGUAGAUGGAAAAAUAGAAUUGUACAUUUUUAUUGCUCAAAAUAAUAUAAACAAUGCUUGAAAACCGA